AAUAAUAUCACUGCACCAAAUAUGUGAGCAGAGCACAUCCUCCUCGCUGAUCGGUGACGCUGCACGCAGUACGCACUUCACGCGCCGGAGCUGAUCUACAGGUACAGAAGAUGGACGUGAAGGACCAAUGCGCACAAAUGGAGCCUUUGCUGCCCGCGGUGGUCACCUCUCCUGGAAGACAAAGUGUGAGGAAUGAUGAGGAGGCUGUGGUGGACAGAGGAGGCACUCACUCCAUGCUUAAAGCUGGACUGGAGAAGGAGGAGCUAGAAGGUCACAGGACUCUGUAUAUCGGGGUUCAUGUUCCUCUGGGCAGAAGAACCCACAGCCGUCAUCGGCAUCACGGACACCGACACAGAAAGAGGAGCAAGGAGAGAGACUCAGGCGUCGAAGACGGACGAGAAUCACCUUCAUACAAUACUCCCUCCCAGAGGGUGCAGUUUCUGCUGGGCACUGAGGAUGGUGAUGAAGAGCACAUCCCACACGACCUCUUCACCGAGCUGGAUGAGAUCUGCCUGCAUGACGGAGAGGAUGCUGAGUGGAGAGAAACUGCCAGGUGGCUGAAGUUUGAAGAGGACGUGGAGGAUGGAGGUGAGCGCUGGAGUAAACCGUACGUUGCGACGCUCUCUCUGCACAGUCUCUUUGAGCUGCGGAGCUGCAUUAUAAACGGCACCGUGAUGUUGGACAUGAGAGCCAGCUCUCUGGAGGAGAUUGCAGAUAUGGUGCUGGACCAACAGGAAGUGGCUGCGCAUCUUCAAGAGGAUGUCAGGAAGAAGGUCAAAGAGGCUCUUCUGAAGCAGCACCAUCAUCAGAACCACAAGAAACUGGCCAAUCGGAUUCCCAUCGUCCGCUCUUUCGCCGAUAUCGGCAAGAGGCAGUCCGAGACAAACUGCAUGGACAAAAACGGUCAGAUGAUUCCACCCCAGUCUCAACCUCUGACCACUGAGGGCAAGAACGACGUGAGCCGUGAAAACAGUGCUGUGGACUUCAGCAAGAUAGACCUGCACUUCAUGAAGAAGAUUCCUCCGGGCGCAGAGGCCUCUAAUGUUUUGGUUGGAGAGCUGGAGUUUUUGGACAGGCCUGUCGUGGCGUUUGUCCGCCUCUCUCCUGCUGUACUGCUGAACGGUCUGGCAGAGGUGCCCAUCACCACCAGGUUCCUGUUCAUCCUGCUGGGGCCUCUGGGUAAAGGACCGCAGUAUCACGAGAUUGGCAGAUCAAUCGCUACCUUGAUGACCGAUGAGGUUUUCCAUGAUGUGGCCUAUAAAGCUAAGGACCGCAAUGAUCUGAUUGCUGGAAUCGAUGAAUUUCUUGACCAAGUUACAGUUCUGCCACCGGGAGAAUGGGACCCGUCCAUCAGGAUAGAGCCGCCAAAGAACGUCCCGUCCCAGGAGAAGAGAAAGAUCCCUGCCGUGCCUAAUGGAGAGCUGGCAGAGACGGAGGAACAUGGUGGACAUGGAGGCCCUGAGCUGCAGCGCACCGGGCGGAUUUUUGGUGGAUUGGUUCUGGAUGUGAAGAGGAAGGCUCCUCACUUCCUGUCAGAUUUCACAGAUGCGCUCAGCCUGCAGUGUUUGGCCUCUUUCCUGUUCCUGUACUGCGCCUGCAUGUCCCCUGUUAUCACCUUCGGAGGACUGCUGGGAGAAGCCACCGAGGGACGCAUAAGUGCAAUUGAAUCACUGUUUGGAGCCUCCAUGACUGGAAUGGCUUACUCACUUUUUGCCGGCCAGCCUCUCACUAUUCUGGGCAGCACUGGACCUGUCCUUGUGUUUGAGAAAAUAUUAUUCAAAUUCUGCAAGGAGUAUGGGCUGUCGUACCUGUCCCUCAGGACGUGUAUUGGGCUGUGGACGGCGUUCCUCUGUCUGCUGCUGGUGGCCACUGAUGCCAGCUCCCUCGUCUGUUACAUCACACGCUUCACGGAGGAGGCCUUUGCCUCUCUCAUCUGCAUCAUCUUCAUCUAUGAGGCCAUGGAGAAGCUCAUUCAUCUUGGGGAGACGUAUCCCAUUAAUAUGAACAACAAUCUGGAGAAACUCACCACUUACAGAUGUUCCUGUAUUGAGCCUGCAAACCCCAACAAUGCCACUCUUCAGUAUUGGGAGCAGAACAACGUCUCCGCUCCGGAGAUCUUCUGGGAGGCUCUGGAAGUUCAGGACUGCAUUGAGAAGAAAGGAGAAUUUGUGGGGUCCGCUUGCGGUCCUCAUGGUCCGUACGUUCCUGACGUUCUCUUCUGGUCUGUAGUUGUCUUCUUCUCUACUGUGGCCAUGUCAGCGUUCCUCAAAGAAUUCAAGACCAGCCGCUACUUCCCCACCAAGGUCAGAGCCAUCAUCAGUGACUUUGCUGUUUUCAUCACUAUUUUAACGAUGGUUUUGGUGGAUUAUGCUUUAGGAGUGCCUUCCCCCAAACUGCAGGUCCCCAAUGAGUUUAAGCCAACUCGUGAUGACCGUGGGUGGUUCAUUAACCCGCUGGGUCCGAACCCGUGGUGGACGUGUGUGAUUUCAGUAUUUCCCGCCCUCCUCUGCACCAUCCUCAUCUUUAUGGACCAGCAGAUCACAGCUGUGAUCAUCAACAGGAAGGAGCACAAGCUGAAGAAAGGCUGUGGCUAUCAUCUGGACCUGUUCAUUGUGGGCGUGAUGCUGGGUGUCUGUUCUCUGAUGGGGCUGCCGUGGUUCGUGGCAGCGACGGUCCUGUCCAUCAGCCACGUCAACAGUCUGAAGCUGGAGUCCGAGUGUUCGGCGCCAGGAGAACAGCCCAAGUUCCUCGGGAUCAGAGAGCAGCGGGUCACCGGGCUCAUGAUCUUCCUCCUCAUGGGCUGCUCUGUAUUCAUGACUUCAGUGCUGAAGUUUAUUCCAAUGCCAGUGCUGUAUGGAGUUUUCCUUUACAUGGGCGCUUCUUCACUGAGAGGAAUACAGUUUUUUGAUCGUUUGAGGUUAUUCGGGAUGCCAGCUAAACACCAGCCAGACUUCAUUUACCUGAGACAUGUCCCACUCCGAAAGGUUCAUCUGUUCACCAUCAUCCAGCUCAGCUGUCUGGUUCUCCUCUGGGUCAUCAAGACCUCCAGAGCCGCCAUCGUCUUUCCCAUGAUGGUGUUGGCGUUGGUCUUCAUUAGAAAGCUUCUGGAUUUUAUCUUCACAAAGCGAGAUCUAAGCUGGCUCGAUGACCUCAUGCCCGAGAGCAAGAAGAAGAAACUGGAGGAUGCUGAGCGAGAGGAGGAGCAAAGUAUUUUGGCAGAGGAAGAAGGAAUCGUACAAGUGCCAUUGGAGGCACAUUACAAAGAUGAUCCUUCGACUGUCAACAUUACUGAUGAAAUGUCCAAAGGCUCCUUUGGAAACACUUGGAACUCCAAAACUGAUUUGUACUCGAAAAGCCCCAUUUCCUAAGCUUGCAGAUGCUGUUCCCCAAAGCCUGUCUAAUAAGAAAGUGCACAAGGAGCGUCGAUGGAAAGAAGAUUCACUGUGUUCAUACACAAACACACACUAAUACACACACACACUCACACACACACAGAUUUACCUAGCUAUCGAAAAAUAGACAUAUAUUGUUUUUUAAGGAAUAGUUCACAAAAAUAAAAUUAAUAUGUAUUUAUAUAAAAUAAAUAAAUAUUUAUUUAUUUAUUUAUAUUUUGUGAACUAUUUCUUGUUCUGUCUAACCCAUACACAAACUUGACCCCUAACCCUACAUUUAUUUUAUGACAAAUUACUUUUCUGUAAGUUUUUACAGAUUUGAUUUGACAUUAUCCAUCAUUCACCUUAAAGUAUGGCUAGUUUACAAGUAAACGCACAUAUAAACUCUAACUUAUUCGACGCCUCGGCUCCCUGUCUCGUCUUGUGUUUCUGUAUUUUUAAAGUAUAUCAGUGCUAAGCUUUUUAGCUUCUAGGCAUUAAGCCUUUACGUACAUAAUAGUAAUACCAGCAAACGGUGCGGAGAUUGUUGCGUGGGAAAUGAAGAGAAAGUGUUAUUUCCAACUUUUAUUUUAAAUGCUCUCUGACGUAUUUUAUAUGUUUUGUAUUUUUUAAAUGGCGUAACUUUCACUACGGUUUUAAAUGUGUACACAGUCUACAGUAGGUGAGCAAUUAAUUUAACCUGCAUUACGAAUAGCCAUUUUAUCAUUAAAUUGCAUGCAUUACUGUUUUUGCAUUUAUGUUUUGGGGUGAUGAAGAAACUUUCUGUUCAUAUAAAGUUACAGGUUCACUGUAAGGCUGAGUGAUAUAGAUAAACCAACUGUAUCAUAUAAUUCAGCUUUUUGAUGAUAUUUAGUAAUUCACUACUGGAUUUACCAUUGCCACUAUUGUGUCCUUGAGCAAGACACUUCACCUCAGUUUGCUUGAGGGUCCGUAUUAAUCCAGUCAGUGGAUUUACUGUAAGACGUUUGAAUAAAAAGCAUAAAAACAUAUUGUAAAUUGUUGAUUUACGUGCAAUAUCAUCAAUGUCAGAAAAUUGCUGUAUUUUGUUUAAGAGUACCUUUGCAUUGAUGCAAUCUUGAUCAUAGAAAGUCAUUUUAGCUAUUAAUAUAUAUGUAUAUGUACUUUUAUUAUUAUUAUUAUUUAUUUAUUUAUUUUGUGCAAAAUUUGUACCAAGAAUGCUGCUUGUGGAAAUAUUAUUUCCAUUAAGAGUUUAUACCUCUGUUUUGAAGCCUGUAUGUCAAUACUUGCAAUGCCAAAGUGUGGAUGUGUUUUCACACUAAUAAUGGUGGUGGAGAAACAUCUGAAGUCAUAUCAGCUGCACAUCAGUAAACUGUCCCCUCAAAAUGAUUGUCUCUUUUAUUAAGCAAUUGAAUGCAGUAACUGGAUACUGUAGAUACAGACUAUUCUUUUUUCACAAAAUAAAGCAAUAGUGUUUUUGAAAUGCGGGUCCAUCAAAUAAUGAAGGUUUUUGCAUGUCGAAGUCCUCAUGCAAUUAAUCUUUUCCAUUGAAAAUCCUUUAACUCCUGCCAUUUAUAAGACUGCUGUACUGUAUGUAUAACAAAAUGUUUAAGAAAAAUAAUUACCAAUCAUUACCAUAAAUCGAUUCAAACAUUUUGCUCUUAUUAUGUAUGGUUUAUAUCUUCACACUCAGAUGGUUUGAUUUUGAAAGACAAGUGAUCAUUAUCAUGCUAAUAUUUUCGCAGUUUAUUAUAAUGUUCAUGCCGACUUAAGCUAAAGUCUUAAUGCAUUACUGGAAUAAUGUCUACUGUGUUUUGAUGUUUCUGUAAAUUAACUUGAAUGCUAUAAUCACUAUAUUCUCUUAAAUCUGUAUGGUGUGAUUUUAGGAUCCUUUAUCUUUAUGUUUUGUUUUUGUUGGGGGUGUGGGGGGGGGGUCGUAUUUACUUCAUUUGCACUUGUAUUUCAUUAACUGUGAGAGAACUGGGUAUAAGUACAAUUUCCUGGAGAUUAUGUUCCUGCUAUUUCUUCUACAGCAAAAUAAAAAGCUCUGCCAUAUGAA